UAGCGGAGCGCUGUGUGUGAGUGAGAGAGAGAGAGAGAGAGAGAGAGGAGUGACAAAGUGAGUUUAACAUUCACACCUUUCUGCUCAUUAAUCCCGCACUUUACCGCACACACAGACACGUACGCGACUUUCCCGCCAUGUGGGCCGCGGUGACAGAGCGCUACGAGGCGUUUUUAACGGAGAAGAACCUGCUGACCGACUGUUUAGCGGAGCUCGAGCGGCGCACGGGCGUUCAGAGACAGUACAUUGCCUCAGGUGCAUUGUGUAUCAUCGCGCUGUACCUGUUAUUCGGUUAUGGUGCCUCUCUCCUCUGCAACCUCAUUGGAUUCACCUACCCUGCGUAUGCUUCUGUGAAAGCAAUUGAGAGCAGGAAUAAAGAGGACGACACACAGUGGUUGACGUACUGGGUGGUGUACGGUCUCUUCAGCGUGGCCGAGUUUUUCUCUGACAUUUUCCUCUUCUGGUUUCCGUUUUAUUAUGCUGGAAAGUGUGUGUUCCUGUUAUGGUGCAUGGCCCCCGUGACCUGGAACGGUUCUCAGGUGAUCUACACUCGAGUGGUUCGUCCAUUCUUCCUGCAGCACGAGGCAGCGCUCGACAGCAUGGUGAAAGACCUGAGUGGAAAAGCCAAGAGUGCAGCGCAUUCUGCUGCUAAAGAGGGUUUCACUCUGUUGGCCAGCGAUAAGGAUAAAUAAUCAUUUUCAGGAGGUGACGUGAAGAAAAUGACAAAAUUUCUUUUCACCACAGUGCCUUUAAUCAAAUACAUUUCAUCUUCAUCAUGAUCAUCAUCAUCAGGAGCAGCAGCAGCAGAGCUCCAGCUCUUUGUAUUUCAUUGAUAUCAUUCUUAUAAAUAUGAAUUAAUGUUAAUGUAUCACUUCACUCCAUAACUAUGCCUUGUUCAUGAAGAACAAUGUGUUUUUGUUCUCAGAUCAUUUUUAAUACAUAAGGUAAUAAAAUAACAAUGAACUUUAA